UACCCAUGAUACUUUGCGCCCAACCGUGUUGUACAGCUGCUGAAGGACCCAAGCGGCGCUAAGGCGAAGCUAAAACCUGCAUUUAUUUAUACACAACUUUAACUGUAACUCGUUGAACGUUUAUUUUUUUCCAUUACUAUUACUACUAUAACACAUUCGACACAAGUAUUUUACUUCAGUUCUGCUUGAGGGAACAGUGUUGAUGAUUAUGAUGAGCAUCAUCAGGGUUUCAUAUGCUUAACUCAGGGUUGCUGUGAUCUUAUUCUCAUGAGGAUGUUUUCAGAAGCUCUCUGACAGCCAAAUGGAUGCAUUUUUGGGAACUCUUCGAGAUCAUGAUGCCAGUUCUGUCCUGAUAUCCUGUGAGCCUGAACUCCAGGAGCUCAUGAGGCAGAUCGACAUCAUGGUGAAUCACAAGCGCAGCGAGUGGGAGGCAGAGUUACGAGCCUUGGAGCUGCGACUGCAUGAUGGUCAGGAAGAGCUUCAGUCUGCCAAAGAUCUGCUGGAAAAAAGGAAUCUGGAGGUGCGAGUGCUUGGAACGCAGCUUGAAGAGAUGCAGGCUGGGAAACAGGAACUGGUCGUAAAGUAUGAAGGGCAGCUGCAGCAUCUGAAAGAGGAGUUGUCCAAGUUGAAGCGCAGCUAUGAAAAACUUCAACGUAAGCAGCUAAAGGAGGCUCGAGGAGGCACUCGGAGCCAAGAGGAGGAUAAGAGUGAAGUUUUGCACCUGAACAACAAGCUGGAGGAGUUUCGCCAGCGCUCGGCAGAAUGGGAGCAGCAGCGACUGCAGUAUCAGAGGCAGGUUGCUUCAUUAGAGGCCCAGAGAAAGACCCUGGCAGAGCAGUUCACUCAAAUGCAGUCUCACUCUCAAGGAAUGGUGCGACUGCAGGGUCAGGGGGAGAUUCGGCGGUUGCAGGCUCAACUGCAGAGGGCGCAAGAUUCCCUACAUGCACAAGAGCUGGAGCUGGAGAGGUUACGGCUGCUACAGGACGAACUUGGAGACUCUUGCCGACAACAGCAGGUCAGCUGCAGCGCUGCAGCUCAUGCUUCAUGCCAGGUUCUGAGUGAGGAGCGAGAGGAGCUGAGAGCUACACUCAAUGCUCAGGAUCAAUUUGUAAAGAACUCUGAUCUGCAGCAGCAGCAGCUACGCAACGAAGUAGCACGUCUUAACCAGGCACUGAAGGCCAAAGAACAUGUCAUUAGAUCUCUGGAGGAAUGUCUUGCCUCUCGGAAUUCUCCGGGCUUAGCAUCUAUCAGACAGGAACUGGAGAAAGUCAUUAACAAGCUUCAUGGUUCUCAAACCUGCGAGGCACACCUGAAAGUCGAAGUCACCCGACUCAAAGAAAAGAUUGAAAGCAUAGGGAGGCAGAAAGCAGAAUCAAGUAAAAGAGAGCAGGAAUGUAGAAAGCUGGAUGAGGACCAUGCUCACACUGUGAGUGAAGUCAAGAGGCUACGUGAGGAGCUCCAGCAGGCUGAGCAGACUCGUUGUGCUGAAGUAGAGGCAAUGAGGAAAGAGGUGUCGCGGCUCACGAGUGAACUCCACCAGCGUGACAUUAGCAUCGCCACACUCACAGGAUCCUCCUCCAGCGUAGAGCGCCAAUUGCGGGCCGAGGUAGAGCGGGCAGAACGGCGUGCAGCAGAACUAAAGAUGACACAAGUACAGUUGGAAACAUUAAAGCUAGAGAAUCAACACCUGAAUGACCUGCUAAACCGACUCGAGUCACGCUCCCCAAAGAGGACAGACGGGGAGCUGGCGAGUUUGAGGGAGAGCUAUGUAUCUUCUCUGAACAGUCUGGAGCAAGAGAAUCAGCAGCUUAUGCAGGAUCUAGCAGAGGUUCGUGCUCGUAUGGAGGCCAGUAAUCAAACCUGGCAAGACAAGUACGAGAGAGCACUGCUGCAGAGCCACAACAAAAAUAUACACAUCCAUGAAAGGUGUGAAGAGGACCUAAAGACCAUGGAGAAACGUUUGCAAGAAAGCUCCUCGCAUUAUGAGCUUCAGAUCCAGACACUCCUCAAGCGACUGGAUGAGCUGUCAUCCUCCUCUUCCCCCCACCGUCCCGAUGGUCAAUCCCAGGAAAGUAGACCCACUGUCUCACCAACACCCUCCGCUUCCUCUUCCAGAUCUUCCUCUUCCUCAGCCAGUAAAACCAGGAAGAUAAAGGCUCUGCUGAGUGCUGUAGCUGAAGAGGAGAGAGCACAGGGCUCAGGUUCUGCUGGAGAUCCAGUGCCUUUGGAGUGUUAUGCAGGUUCUCCAGCAGGCUCUGUGACUUCACACUUUGUUGAAGAAGAAACACAACGUUCUCAGGAACUGUUGCAGCGACUGGACUUCCACAUCAAUAGCAUGAAGCAGGAGAAUGCAAAGACUGUUCGCAAGUACCUAGCUAAAGACCACAGCCCACACGGUCCACGCUGACCACACACACAUGCAGGAAGUGCCUUUUAAGAUACAGCUUGGUCAUUUUAUUUGUAUUCAGUGGCAUGGAGAUGGAAAUUCUAGACAAUAAAUAAAAUUAUUGCCCCCCUAAAAAAAAAAGAAUAAUAGCCAAAUUCAGUUUGACUGCUGGCUGUUUGGUGACUUGUGUAGUCAUACAGACAACACUGAAGCUUACAAUACUUCUGUAACUCUUGCACCAGUGACCUGGAUGUGGACCUUCAUUAUGACUUUUCACCUCUAACCACUGAUUUACCAGGGUUUGUUUUCUGACUGUAGUCUGUUUUUUUAUUAUGUAGCACUUUGAAUUAUGCUCUUCUAUGCUCUCCUUUUUGCUCUCUCUCUCUCUCUCUCUCUCUCUCUCUCUCUCUCUCUCUCUCUCUCUCUCUUUCUCUCUGUGUGUUUAAUAUGCUCUAUAUUUAUGUGUAUGAUUGACAAAUUUAUAAAACAUGUUUUUUAAAUUGACUGAUUUAGUGUAGAGCCUGUUGGAGUGACUGAAUUAAAUGUGCUUGUUUUGA